CGCCUCGCUCCUCUCGUCAUCGAGCCCCCGGCACCUCCAAAGCCAAAUCCAACCCACCGAGCAAGAACCAAGUAGUAGGGGAGAGGAAUCGGUGGAGGAGGAGAGGAGAUCUCGCUUCUCUGCUUCUUCGCGUUCUGCAAGCAAGAGUUCGCCGGAGCAGCUAGCGGAGGUGGUGGAGAAAGUCCCUGAGGCGGUACCAUGGCGACCAGGCAUCAGAACGCGGCUGCCGCUCCGCAGCCGGCCAACAGAGGUGCUGCAGUUCCAGCGGCAAAGCAGAAGGCCGCCGCCGCCGGCCGCCCUGAAGCAAGGAACCGGCGCGCGCUUGGAGAUAUUGGCAAUUUGGUUCAUCCCCAGGCCCUGGACUGCCUGAAGGAGGGAAUCAACCGCCCCAUCACUAGGAGCUUUGGCGCGCAGCUCUUGAAGAAUGCCCAGGCCAAUGGCGCCGUAGCAAACAAGGUUGCCAUAGCUCCUGCUCGUCAAGCAGCGGCGCCUAAGCCGGCCAAGAAGGCCCCUGCCAAGGCCAAGAUCACCACCAUCCCCGAUCAGGCCAAGAAGCCGUCAGAGGCAGUGGCCAGCAGCUCUGCCCAAAAGGCUUCCAGGAAAAAGGUCGUGGACACGCUCACCAAAGUGCUUACAGCUCGUUCAAAGGUCGCCUGUGGCCUUACUGGGAGACCCAAAGAACCCGUGGAGGACAUCGACGAGCUUGACAAGAACAAUGAGCUUGCUGUGGUGGACUACAUUGAAGACAUUUACAAAUUCUACAUGACCGCCCAGCACGAGAGCCGUCCUGUCGAGUACAUGGGGAAUCAGCCCGAGAUCAACCCGAAGAUGAGGGCGAUCCUCGCGGACUGGAUCGUAGAAGUCACCCACAAAUUUGAGCUGAUGCCCGAGACUCUGUACCUGACAAUUUACAUCGUAGACAUGUUCCUCUCGGUGCAGCAGGUGCCUCGACGGGAGCUGCAGCUCGUCGGGGUGGCAGCGAUGCUGAUCGCCUGCAAAUAUGAAGAAAUCUGGGCUCCUGAGGUUAACGAUUUCAUCUCUAUCUCGGACAACGCGUACUCAAGGCCGCAAAUACUUGGGAUGGAGAAGAGCAUCCUGAACAAGAUGGCCUGGAACCUCACUGUUCCCACGCCUUACGUCUUCCUAGUCCGGUUCGUCAAGGCCGCCGGAAACGACAAGGAGCUUGAGCACAUGGUGUUCUUCUUCGCGGAGAUGGCGCUGAAGGAGUACAACAUGGUCUCCCUGUGUCCGUCGUUGGUGGCCGCCUCCGCUGUCUACGCGGCUCGCUGCACCCUGAAGAAGAGCCCCAUCUGGACAGGGACGCUCGAGCACCAUACUACCUUCAACGAGACACAGCUAUUGGAGCCUGCAAAGGUGCUUGUGAACGCGCACGCCGCUGCUCCUGAGAGCAAGCUGAGGGCAAUCUACAAGAAAUACGCCACUGAGCAAUUUGGGCGUGUGGCUCUGCACCCACCAGCAGUUGCUGCUCAGGGCGUUUAGGAUCUACAGCUUGUGCCUUUUGUUUGAGAUUCAAGACAGCUUGAUUUCAGGGCGUUAUAUGUUUUCUUUUUCGUCUUUUGGUUUACUCCUGGUGUCAUGAGUAAAAUGCUAUUCUGCUACAUUGAUACACUUAUGGUGUAUUAUAGCUAUUCAUGAGUAUCGAUUGAAAUGAAAUUAUUCUUUUAAAUAUGUUUGUCA